AUGGUAAAGUGCCGAUCGCUCUUCCAGUCGCACGGUACUCUGAUCAACGUCACUGGUGUGGCCUCAUUAAUCGCCUUGAGGGCUCUUAAGCUCACGCAGCGUACUACGCUGCGUACCGGGGUGGACCUCCAUGCACUCUUUGCCAAAGAGUCUUUGCUUCUUCCGGUCCUCGGCUUCAUCCCGAAGUCAGUGGAUCACCUCUGCUACGCCUCGGAGCUCUACGCUGAUACCUACGGUGGUGUAUACCACAUGAGAUUCGUCGGUGGAGACAUGAUUGUCGUAUUCGAUCCUGAGCUUAUUUGA